AUGAAGCAAAAAUUGUUGGAUCCUCUCUCUCUUCCUUCACCAAACUUUGAUGAGGUGGUUCAUGAGGUUUUUAAGCCACACUGGAUCAUUGUUGAUCCUACCUUGUUGGGAGCUUUGGCCGUGCUUAAAUACGACGAAAGAGGAUAUCGUUGUUCUGCUCAGGUAUAUGAUACUCCUCACUUGCAAGAAUUAGUUCAGAAUAAUACGGUAAGGUUUUUUUUGGAUGCAAAAUCAACGUUGAGACAAGGAUAUACACUAUGGACAGGAAUACUUGUCGGAUCUAACAUUUCUGUUACUCCGAUAUUUAGUUAUUCGAGCCGGGAUGGUCGCAGGAAACUGGCAUCGAAAAUAUUUCCAUCGCUUCGUUCCCAACUCGAAAAGAAAGAGGACCAUCGUCGAGCUAAUGCACUACUCACUGCUGCAUAUGGUCAUGGUGAAAGUGUGAAAAAUUACUCUUUUUCUCAAAUUUAG